GAGCGUUGCUUUGUGUGGAAGCAUCUCUUCUGUUCUCACAGGAUGGCUGGAGAGCAACCUCACAGCGGCUCCGAUAGAAACACACUGGUUUCUUCUUGGGAAAUAGAACCUCCAGGCUGUAGGAGGGAGGAAGUGUGUGUGUAGAAGCCUGACCAGUGAGCUGGAAGGAUGGGUCCAAGGAGAAAGGCUUCUAAACUCCAGCCUUUAUUGGGCGGGGGUGAAGGGGAAGUGGUCCCGAGAACCACUGAGCCCAAAGACUAUAUCAAUGAGCUGUCCCAUGAAGUCCUCUGUCAUAUAUUCAGGUACCUUCCUAUGAAGGACAUAAUGUGUAUGGAGUGUCUGUCUAGAAAGCUUCGAGAGGCUGUGACUCUGUACCUCCGAGUGGUCAAAGUAGUAGAUCUGUGUGCAGGUCGCUGGUGGGAGUACAUGCCUUCAGGUUUCACAGACAGCAGCUUUCUGCUCCUUUUGAAGAAGAUGCCAGAUCUGGAGCAGCUGUAUGGUCUCCACCCUCGAUACCUGGAGAGGAGAAGAGUCCGAGGCUAUGAGGCUUUCAGUAUACCUGGAGUCCUGGAAGCACUACAGUUCUGUCCCAGUCUGCUGGGUGUGGAGACAUCCCAUCUCGAGCUGGUGGAAGCCAUAUGGAACUACAUGCCCCAGGUUCACAUACUGGGAAAAUUCCGUAACCGUAACGGGGCAUUUCCCAUUCCUGCUGAGAACAAACUGACCAUCCCCAUCACUGCAAAGAUCCAGACUCUGCAUCUAGUGGGUGUGAACGUCCCAGAGAUCCCUUGUGUGUCCAUGCUACGCCACCUUUACCUGAAGUGGGUCCGUCUCACCAAACCACAGCCGUUUAAGGACUUCCUGUGUGUGAGCCUUAGAACCUUUGUCAUGCGGAACUGUGCAGGGCCGACCAACUCCCUCAAAUAUGUUCCCCUGGUCACUGGUUUAGCAUCAGCCCGGAACCUGGAACAGCUGGAGCUCGUGAGAGUUCCCUUCCUGGGAGGGCUGAUCCAACAUGUGGUAGAGGACAGCUGGAGGUCAGGAGGAUUUCGUAACCUUCACACCAUUGUGUUUGGAGCCUGUAAGAACGCUCUGGAGGUGGACCUGGGCUACCUUGUGAUCACUGCUGCUCGCAGGCUUCAUGAGCUGCGUAUCCAGCCUUCACUGACUAAAGAUGGAGUCUUUUCAGCUCUCAAGAUGGCUGAACUAGAGUUUCCUCAGUUUGAGACUCUUCAUCUGGGAUACGUGGAUGAGUUCCUGUUGCAAUGUAAGAUGAGUCAUUCGGAGCUGGUGAAAUACGGUUUGGCAGAUGUCAUUGAGAACCCGGGCAUCAUCACUGAUAUUGGCAUAAAGGUGGUGAACGAGGUGUUCACGAACAUUAAGUACCUGCUCAUCUACAACUGUCCUCACCUGCACAACCCUCAUCACUGGAUCACAGAUCAGUCCAGAUGGAGCCGCCUUGUUGAUCUCACUCUGGUACGCUGUCAUGCUAUAAAACUGGAAUCCUUCUCCCAGUUCAUAGAGUUACUGCCCAGUCUGGAGUUUAUCUGUCUGGACCAGAUGUUUAGAGAACCACCCAAGGGCUGUGCCAGGGUGGGCCUGAGUGCAGGGACUGGUAUCGGUGUGUCCUCAGCACUGGUCAGCAACCAGAACUCCAACAAUGACAACGACAACAACAACAACCACCACCACAACAAUAAUGAGGCCAACCUGCCUCCUGCUCCUCCACCUGUAAACAACAUCAACAACAAUAACCAAAGACCACAGCAACAGCAAGAGCACAAUGCACCAGUGGAGGUAAAUGGGGUGGAGGAGGAGGAGGAAGAAGAGGAGGAGGAGGUGAUCUUGGAGGAAGAAAACAUGGAAGCUGAGCCUCAGAUAGAUCUGAAAGGAGGAGCGGAGGUGAAAGUGGAGAAAGUUGACGUGGCUCCAGGACCCAGUCGUCCUGUUGAAACACCACCACACCCUGAUGAGGAGCAGGCAGGUCCCAGUGGUUUAGUCCAGCAGUGCAGACCAGCUGGUGCCCCUCUUCCUAAGCCCCCACUGGUCAUCUCAGACUCAGACAGUGAGGAGGAGGAAGGCCUCGUUUCAAGACUGAUGCCAGCUUCCUGUUCUCAGCAGCCAGCUUCCUGUACAGAAGGUAAAGGAAAGACUCCUCUGCGGCGGAGCAACAAUGUGGCUGUGUCAGUGGCGUUGUCAGCUGAUCAGAUGAAGGCUCAGGUGUCAGAGAGCAGCUGUGAGAAGAGCUGUCAGGUGACCAGUGAACAGAUCAAGGCAGACAUGAAGGCUGCUGUUGAGAACAGCAGGAGGACUAGCAGUAAAGGAAUUAUAACUGAAUCUGGAGAGAGCACUGCGAGGCCGGGGCCUGACAGCGGGACAGGACGGGGCAGUGGGACUGGUGGGGCUGCAGCAAGGACCGCAGUGAGGCCAGUGACUGGGUGUGUUGGCAGGGUUGGACCUGGUACAGCCACAUCCAGACAAGUAGGUGGAUGUGAGAGUGUGAUGGCGGGGAGCACCACCCACAGAGCACCCACAACCACUGACAGAGCCACAGGAACAGGCAGGACUAAUGAGUACACAGAGGGACCCUCUGGAACACAAGCUGGGGACAGCUGCACAAGGGAGGCUGGGGUGAGACCCAGCUCUGGUCCUGUUGGUGUGGACAGUGUGGAUCCUAGAGGUGCUGCUGUAAACCAUGUUCCCAGGAGACAGGAAGAGAGACAGUCUGCCCCUGCUGGAUAUGCCUCUGCUGCCUUUACAGGCUCUCAGCAGGGUCAGGCUAGAGGAGAGGAGUUUGUUCCAAGGCGACCUAUGACCCGAUCUUGCACCCGUAUGUCCUCUGUUUCCCUGGUACCUGAGACAGAUCUCUCAAGAGCCAGGCCUCGAAUAGCAGUGAGGAGGAAACGUAUGGCAGACAAAUCAACCAGCACAUCAGACCCGGUUACCGAGGACGACCAUGUACAGGUGUUAUCUCUGAAGAGUAAGAACCUGGUGGGCAUCACUCUGACCAACUGUGGAAUCACUGACCUGGUCCUCAAAGACUGCCCCAAGAUGAUGUUCAUUCAUGCCACCAGAUGUCGAGUUUUGAAGCAACUGCGAGUUGAAAGUGCUCCCAUAGUGAACAGGUUUGAUUACGCUCAGUGUAAGAAGCUGGACAUGGAACAGGUCCUGGAUCAGAUACUGAGAAUGCCUCCAGAGAGGAACCGCAUCAUCUACAUGCGCCCAAUGCACCAGAUUGACUCAGUAGCGUUGGAACGUCAGCUCUUCCAGGGCCCCUAUCCUUAUCAUAUAGCUAUAGUGCACGAGUUCAGCAACCCUCCAAAUAUACGCAACAAGGUUCGCAUUCGCAGCUGGAUGGACACGAUAGCCAACAUCAGCCAGGAGUUAAUCAAGUAUGAGUUCUUCCCAGAGGCCACCAGGACAGAAGAGGAUGUGAAGAAGUAUCCCACAUAUCCCUGGGGGCGGGACAUUUAUACACUGGAGGGAGUGGUGGAUGGCGCCCCCUACAGCAUGAUAACAGACUUCCCCUGGCUGAGGACUCUGAGAGCAGCCGAUCCUAACAGCUACGCCCGCUAUGACUUUGAGGACGAUGAAAGCACCACCAUCUAUGCUCCACGACGUAAAGGCCAGCUGUCAGCUGACAUCUGCAUGGAGACUAUUGGGGAGGAGAUCUCAGAGAAACGACAGAGCAAAAGAGGAGUAUUCCAGAGAGUGGUGGUCCUCUUCCUCCAUCACUGUGAUACACCAGGAGACCCUGUGGAUGAUGACUACAUCUAGUCACCACAAGACCUUCCUCUGUCAUCACAUAAAGAGUGACCCAUGCAGAUGACGGUCCUACUGCCUGAAAUCCUCACUGUAAAGACUGACUUUUAUUUUGAAAAGAGACUGAGGGAUGUUCAGUGUGUUUACUGUGGAAGCUGCAGGUCAGAGCUGUGUUUCUAAUACAUUGAUAUGCAUAUGAAGACUCAGAGACUUCACUAGCUUGAUCUAGAAGGAAUAGUUGAAGGGCAUUGGGGGGGGGGAGGGAAUUAGAAGAAUUAGACAAAUUAUACAAAUAAAGGGCACUUUGCAAAAAUACUUUCAUAUAAUCUAUAUUUACUAGCUUGAUCUAGAAGGAUUAAGUACAGUCGAAGGUCACUGGCGAGGAGGAGGGGGGGUGCUGCCAAAGAAGAAUUAGACAAAAAAAUGGGUACUUUGACACAUUGGAAAUCUAUAUUUCUGAUUUGGUUCAUUAGGAUUAUUCACCUUUUCUUUGGUGUACUUACAACAUUGGAAUGAGGUUCAGGACAUAUCUGAUGCUGAUUUUCUUAUUAUUUCAGCAAAAUCUGAAGGCAUGUAUGAGCCUCCUAGCAUCCUGGAAAUUCACACAUAGGAGGUAUUCAUGGUAUUCUGGAAUUCUUCCAGUAAGAAGGUAUUUAGGACUGAUGGCCUGUCUCUGCUCUAAAGAAAGGCUUGGUUCCCUGUUGUUGAGGCCACUAUGAACAGUGUGUGCUCAGUUGUCUGUACACCACACUAUCACUGAGAGCAGAUGCAGAGAAGGACUAUGCUUUAUUAUUGGUCUAGUCAUUUAUCUGCCCACUGCCACAGUCUGUCUACCUCCAUUAUACACACACACACACACACACACACACACACACACACACACACACACACACACACACACACACACACACACACACACACACACACAC